AUGUCAAUCCGAACGAUGAAAUGGCAAGUGCUGUUGUUUAUCUUGGUGCUCUCUGUGAGUGUAGUGCACGGGCAGGUCAGCUACUCGAUUCCUGAGGAAAUGGCAAAGGGUGCUCUAAUUGGUAAUAUAGCCCAGGAUUUAGGUUUGGGUGUAGAAAGAUUGAAGUCAGGAAAAGCCCGUAUUUAUACUGGUAACACUGAGGAGUAUAUUGAGCUGAAGAGAGAAAGAGGAGUCCUCCUUAUUAAAGAUAGAAUAGACAGAGAAUCGCUCUGCGGACAAACGAUGCCUUGCGCACUACAUUUUCAAAUGAUCCUUGAAAACCCAAUGGAGUUUUACACGGUUACUGUCGAAAUUACCGACAUAAAUGACAACCCUCCCACAUUUGAGAGAGGUGAGAUGAAAUAUGAAAUUACCGAAUCAGCUCUUAGUGGAGCUCGAUUCGUCCUGGAUAAAGCCGUAGACGAUGAUGUCGGUAUCAACGGCUUGAACAGCUACGCCCUGAAACCCAGUGAUAAUUUCGCUCUGAAAACCAUCAGCAGAGGAGAUGGGACAAAACAUGUCGAAAUGGUUUUACAGAAACAGUUAGACCGGGAAAAGCAAGAGCAUAUAUCACUGAUAUUAACCGCUCUGGAUGGCGGUGAGCCACAGCUCUCAGGGACAAUGCAAAUACUUAUAACUGUGUUAGACGUUAAUGAUAAUCCUCCCGUUUGUUCAAAGCCGGAAUACAAAGCAAGUGUUACAGAGAAUGCUCCUGUGGGCACUGUAAUAACUACAGUAAGAGCUACGGACAUAGAUAAAGGCAAUAAUGGAAAAGUAACAUACAGGAUUCCAAAAUCCGCUGCAGGAAGUCUCUUUGUAAUAGAUGCUAAUGAUGGGGUGUUAACAUUAAGGGGAAAUCUAGAUUAUGAAAAAAGAAGACGCUAUGAGCUCGAUGUUCAAGUGUCAGAUCAGGGAGGAUUGUCUGAUGCAUGUAAAGUAAUUGUGGACGUGAAAGAUACAAAUGAUAAUCCUCCGUCCAUUAACAUCAUGUCUAAAUCAAACACAGUCUCUGAGAACGUCAAUCCCGGAACUGUUGUAACAAUGCUCAAUAUACAAGAUCCAGACUCGAAUGAUAACGGAAAAGUAAUGUGUGUUUUAAACGAAAAUGUUCCUUUCUCUAUUAAAUCAACAACAAAUACUUUCUUUACUGUUCUCACAGACAGUGAUCUGGACAGAGAGAGAUCCUCUGAGUAUAAUAUAACUGUGACCUGCUCUGAUGAGGGAGUGCCCUCCCUCUCCAGCAGCGUCACUCUCACCUUACAGAUCUCUGAUGUAAAUGAUAACGCGCCUUUUUUUGAGAGGAGCUCAUAUGAGGCCUACAUUGUAGAAAACAACACACCAGGCCUCUCUAUAUUCACAGUGAAAGCCAGAGACGCUGACUGGAACCAGAAUGCUCGUAUUUCUUACAUACUGGAGGACUCCUCUGUUAACGGAGUACCAGUCUCCUCAUAUGUGUCCGUUAGUGCUGAUAGUGGAGUCAUCCAUGCAGUUCGCUCUUUUGACUACGAGCAGAUCAAAGAUUUCCAGUUCCGCGUCAAAGCGCAGGAUGGAGGCUCUCCUCCACUCAGUAGUAACGUGACUGUGAAAAUGAUGAUACAAGACCAGAACGACAACCCCCCUCAGGUUCUGUACCCAGUCCAGACUGGUGGCUCUCUAGUGGCUGAAAUGGUUCCUCGUUCAGCAGAUGUGGGCUAUCUGGUGACUAAAGUGGUGGCUGUGGAUGUGGACUCUGGACAGAAUGCCUGGCUCUCCUAUAAACUACAGAAAGCCACAGACAGGGCGCUGUUUGAAGUGGGCUUACAGAAUGGAGAAAUAAGAACUAUCCGCCAGGUGACUGAUAAAGAUGCUGUGAAACAAAGACUGACUGUUAUAGUGGAGGACAACGGGCAGCCCUCUCGUUCAGCUACAGUCAUUGUUAACGUGGCGGUGGCGGACAGCUUCCCUGAAGUGCUGUCAGAGUUCACUGACUUUACACACGACAAGGAGUACAAUGACAACCUGACUUUUUACUUAGUGUUAGCUCUGGCUGUAGUUUCCUUCCUCUUCAUCACGUGUUUAGUGGUUAUUAUAUCAGUGAAAAUCUACAGAUGGAGACAGUCUCGCAUCCUGUAUCACUCCAAUCUCCCUGUGAUUCCAUAUUAUCCACCACGUUACUCAGACACUAUGGGGACAGGGACUCUCCAACACGUGUACAAUUACGAGGUGUGCAGGACGACUGACUCCAGAAAGAGUGACUGUAAGUUCGGCAGAGCUGGUAGUCAAAACGUGCUGAUAAUGGACCCCAGUUCUACAGGGACGAUGCAGCGGAUACAGAGUGAAAAGAGCAUCCUGGAUGAACCAGACUCUCCUCUAGAGGUUAGUGUUCCCAAACUACUGAUACAGAUUUUUGUUAUUUCCUGGUCUCUAAUCUGUGGCCUCACUGUGAGGAAAAUACCGGAUAGAACAAUGAAUCGGCAAGUACUGGUGUUUAUCUCUCUCUUUUUCCUCCACUCGGUGUGCGGGCAGGUCAGCUACUCUAUUCCAGAGGAAAUGUCGAAAGGAUCUUUAGUGGGCAACAUAGCGCAAGAUUUGGGAUUAGAGAUAAAACGUUUGAUAUCAGGUAAAGCGAAGAUCUAUACUAGAAACAACGACGAAUACAUCGAGCUCAACCGAGAGAGAGGAGUCCUCCUCGUCAAAGAGAGAAUUGACAGAGAGGCGCUGUGUUCAGAGACGGCACUUUGUGCUUUACAUUUUCAGAUUAUCUUGGAGAAUCCUAUGGAGUUUUACAGUGUUACAGUCCAGAUUACAGACAUCAAUGAUAAGGCCCCAACCUUUGAAAAAGGGGAAAUGGAAUUCAAAAUAAGUGAGUCAGCGGUAACCGGAGCAAAAUUUGCCUUAGAAACGGCUGUGGAUCUUGAUGUGGGAGUUAAUGGGGUUCAUAGCUACGAAUUAAAACCAACAGACAAUUUUGCUGUUAAACUCCACAAUAAUGCUGAUGGUAAUAAAAAUGUUGAGAUGGUGUUGCAGAAGCCUUUAGACAGAGAGAAACAAGACCAUAUAUCUCUGGUAUUAACGGCUGUAGAUGGAGGAGAGCCGCAGAUGUCAGGAACAAUGCUGAUUGUUAUUACAGUUUUAGACGUUAAUGAUAAUGCUCCUGUUUUUACACAACACACAUAUAAAGCUGCAGUUACUGAGAAUUCACCUAAAGGCACAGUUAUAGCCACUGUUACAGCUUCAGAUGCAGAUCAAGGCUCUAAUGGUAAAAUAACAUAUUCAAUCACGAAUAGAUUAGGAAAUGUAAUGAAGAUGUUUGAGGUGAAUAGAGCAAAUGGCGAAGUUUCAUUAAUUGAAAAUAUUGACUUCGAAAAGUCAAGACAUUUUCAAAUAAAUUUACUCGCUACAGACGACGGAGGAUUCACAGAUUCUUGUAAAUUAAUCGUCGAUGUUCAAGACAUGAAUGACAACAAGCCUGAAAUUAACAUUAUGUCAAAAUCAAAUGUGAUAUCAGAGGAUGCCAAACUCAACACUGUCGUUACAAUGAUAAACAUUGAAGACUUAGAUUCAGGUGAAAACGGAAACGUAAAAUGUUUUAUUAGCGAAAAUAUACCAUUCCUUUUAAAAACAUCAACAAAUAAUUUCUAUAGUUUAGUCACAGACAGUGAUUUAGACAGAGAGAGAUCAUCUGAGUAUAAUAUAACUGUGACCUGCUCUGAUGAGGGAGUGCCCUCCCUCUCCAGCAGCGUCACUCUCACCUUACAGAUCUCUGAUGUAAAUGAUAACGCACCUGUCUUUGAGAGGAGCUCAUAUGAGGCCUACAUUGUAGAAAACAACACACCAGGCCUCUCUAUAUUCACAGUGAAAGCCAGAGACGCUGACUGGAACCAGAAUGCCCGUGUUUCUUACAUACUGGAGGACUCCUCUGUUAACGGAGUGCCAGUCUCCUCAUAUGUGUCCGUUAGUGCUGAUAGUGGAGUCAUCCAUGCAGUUCGCUCUUUUGACUACGAGCAGAUCAAAGAUUUCCAGUUCCACGUUAAGGCGCAGGAUGGAGGCUCCCCUCCUCUCAGUAGCAAUGUGACAGUUAAAAUGAUGAUCCAGGACCAGAACGACAACCCCCCUCAGGUUCUGUACCCAGUCCAGACUGGUGGCUCUCUGGUGGCUGAAAUGGUUCCUCGUUCAGCAGAUGUGGGCUAUCUGGUGACUAAAGUGGUGGCUGUGGAUGUGGACUCUGGACAGAAUGCCUGGCUCUCCUAUAAACUGCAGAAAGCCACAGACAGGGCGCUGUUUGAAGUGGGCUUACAGAAUGGAGAAAUAAGAACUAUCCGCCAGGUGACUGAUAAAGAUGCUGUGAAACAAAGACUGACUGUUAUAGUGGAGGACAACGGGCAGCCCUCUCGUUCAGCUACAGUCAUUGUUAACGUGGCGGUGGCGGACAGCUUCCCUGAAGUGCUGUCAGAGUUCACUGACUUUACACACGACAAGGAGUACAAUGACAACCUGACUUUUUACUUAGUGUUGGCUCUGGCUGUAGUUUCCUUCCUCUUCAUCACGUGUUUAGUGGUUAUUAUAUCAGUGAAAAUCUACAGAUGGAGACAGUCUCGCAUCCUGUAUCACUCCAAUCUCCCUGUGAUCCCAUAUUAUCCACCACGUUACUCAGACACUUUGGGGACAGGGACUCUCCAACACGUGUACAAUUACGAGGUGUGCAGGACGACUGACUCCAGAAAGAGUGACUGUAAGUUCGGCAGAGCUGGUAGUCAGAACGUGCUGAUAAUGGACCCCAGUUCUACAGGGACGAUGCAGCGGAUACAGAGUGAAAAGAGCAUCCUGGAUGAACCAGACUCUCCUCUAGAGGUUAGUGUUCCCAAACUACUGAUACAGAUUAUUCACCAUGGAUAG